AUGGAUAAUAAAAGCAAAGGAAGUUCUAAAAGCAGAAAAGAGUUGGGAGGUAUGGUUCAAUAUUCAUUAAUAGAUGAGUUGAGUUUGAAAGGAGUUUCGUUAUUUAAAUUGGAUGUUAAUUAUGAUCAUUUGAAACAAUUUUUAGAAGGAGUCUAAGCUGACCUUGACAAUCAUACGGUGGAGAUUGAAGGAAUAAAGAAAUUGCUUGGGCCCAACGAAAUUAUUUUAUUAGUUCAAGAGUAGUUUCAAUUAUUAAGCGAUUCAUUGCACUUUUCAGACAAGGAUAUAGAAAAAGAAUUAUCAACUUAGUUAAGCACAUACAUAACACAAAUAUAAGGGAAGUAAAAGUAUGGAAAGGGGGCAUUGGAGAAAAUUAUAACUGAAUUCAGAGGAAAAUUAUUUUCAGUUAUCUCAAUGAUUUAACAUCUUUAUAGAGAAAAGAAGAGACAAGAUUAACGUUUAACAAAAUUGGAAAAUGAUAUGUUAACAAAGUUUGAUACUAAAGAAUGUAAAGAGAAGAUGAGGAAAUAAAAAAAUCAAUUAGAAUAAUAGAUUGAAGAUUUAUAGAAGAAUGGUAGAAAUGAAUUAGACACUGUUGAGAAGAAGCUAUCGACUGAUAUAUAGAAAUUUGAAGAGGCAGUUCGAGAUGUAGAAAGAAAAACUUUAUGGAAAAUACAUGAUUGCUAAGAUCUAUUAUUGAAAAGAACAAAUGAAGAAUUUGUUAAUGAGGCUAUUAGAACUAGUGAAGAUAAAAUAUUGAAAGAAAUUCAACAAAUGUAAAAUAAUGAUCAAUUGAUUAAAUUUUAAUAGGACAUAGCCUAUAUUAGAAGUUAAAUUAAAGGCAUUGAUGACACAGUUGGAGAGAAGUAAUCAAAAUUAAAGUUAUAAUUAAAUGAAAUGAACGACUUAUUAAAGUCUAAAAUCAACUUAAUUGAUAAAUUAGUAGAGCAGAAUAAACAAUAAGGAGAUAAGAUAAUAGAUAUAAAUAGCAGAUUAGCCACUGCUAUAAAUAAAUUGGAUGUUUCUAAUCAAUUAGAUCAACAUAGAUAAAAAAUUAAAUAAUUAGAAGAUGGAAUUUAAAGAUUGAAUGAUGAAGCCAAAGAAAGAGUUGAAGCAUUAAAGGAUAUGAAUUUAAAUGCAGAAAAUGUAGCCUAUUUGUUAUCAAAAAUUGAUCCUCAUAAAAUAUGCACUCUUGAAGGAGACAUCAAAAAAUUAGAAGAAAUGUCAAUCAGAAAUAAUGUGCAUUGGGAAACUCUUGAUGCAGAAUUCAAAUCACGUUAUGAUAGUUUCCAGUUCUUUUCAUAAUUAUAUUAAUAAUAAUAAUAAUAACAACAAUAAUCAUAAACUCCAGAAGAAUCUAAAUAUGUCACCAAAGAUGAAAUCAAUAGAAUGUUUGAGCAAUUCCAAUAACAGGGAAGUCUAGAAGAUGAUAAAAUUAGAAAAAUACAAAAAGAUCUCUAAGACAUAGGCCAUAAAGUUGAAAAUGCAAAUGAAAUCGAAAGAAGAGUGACUAGAAUAUUUAGAGAUGUUGACAUUAAUGGAUUAAUGAGGUAAGUGAAAGUCAAAGCCAAUGAAGACGACGUGAAGAGAGAAUUAUUUAAUUUAGAAACAAGAUUAGGAUAAGCUAUGGAAACUAUCAACUAUUUAAGAAGAGAAAUAGAAGCCUUAUAAGUCCAAUUAAAAAAAUCGCCUAUGAAUUUCUAAUAAUCAGCCUCUCCUCCCACAGAUUAAAUUAUAGGAAUCAACACUAAAAAACUUUAUCCAAUUAAUUGUCUUAGUUGUAGCACUACCAAUUAAUAAAGAGUUAAAGGAACAGACGGAAAAUAUUAUUAAGCUGAUAUGAAAAGAUAAACUAUUGAUUAGUAAUAGUUUUACGAUCUCCAACAAGACGAAUCUUAAUAAUUUAAUUAAUAACAUUAUGUAUAAAGACCAUAAUCGGCAGUAGUAAAUAAAUAAAGUAAUGGUGUUAAACGACCUGUAAGUGCUAAGAAAUGA